UAAUCCUCAGCUUGCCUUAUCGUUAGUGUUUGUGAAUGUCGGUCUACUCCAUUUUAAUUUUCUUUAAUUACAAUAAUUAUUGUAUUAAAAAAAUCAUUAACAAUAAAUAAUAAACUGUAAUAAUUAAACGUCAAUUAAUUGCCUCGUUGACAAAAAAAAACUCAGAAUAUAUAAGUAAAAAAUAAUAUGGCCGAUAUGGCUCUCGACGAUAUUAUAAAAAAGAAAAAAUUACCGCGAGCAACAGCUUCAAAACCUAAUCGUGGCGGAUUAAGAAAUGGUCCAGCCAGAGGACAACGUCAGAAUGUCCCUACUAAUCGCAUCAAGAGGCCCGAGGUGAUAACAGAUGCGCGCAUGAAAAUAAUUCAAAAAAAUCGUGCAAAGUUGACAGACGCACGUGAUAAAUUAGCAGAAAUAGCAAAGCAGAGUGACGCGCGUUUGAAACUAGAAAAAUUACGCGCUAAUUUUAAGAAGACACCUGCUAGUUCAUCAUUCCGCGGUAAUAUUUCGCGCAAAGCCGGUCGCAAUGGGAAAUUACUGCUGACGACAAAUAAAAUUCCACCUUUGCUUGGAUCUCUGAGUGGGUAUGGAUUACCAGGACCUGGACAUGGUCUUGGCCAUGGACCUGGACCUGGGUCGGGGAUGAUAGCGCAUGGAGGCAGACAUGGAAUGGGUCCGGGUGUAGGCAGUCUUGGUCCUGGUCUUGGUGGACCAACGGUAACGCGAACGGUAAAUUAUCGUCCACCAAUUAAUCAUUAUCAGGUUGAAGACCCGGUCAUCGACUACCAGAAUGACUAUGCUAUGGAAGUACCUCUUAGACGUACGGUCAAUAACGAGUAUGCGUCGACGCCGCCUCCACCACCGCCAGUUUUCAAUAUCAAGAAUUCGCCAGCGCCCAAUUACCUCAACAACUGGACUAGCAAGCAGCCAAAUAUCAGUAGUAGUAGUAGUAGUGCCAGUAGAUUAAAUAACAUCCAGCCUUCGAGGACCAGUGGGAGAUCGUUACGGAAAACCAGCGAAAUAGAACGGCCGCGUCAGUUGAAAGUCGUCACCCGGACGCCCCUGGUCUCCUCACAAAAAAUAGAGCCGGCUUAUCACGACGAGGACUGGAGCUUCGAGACCGGGAGCAAGUCCAGGACCAUCAUCAAUGACGACGAUGAUCUGAAUGAUGAUGACGACAAGUACUACUCCCGGUCUUCAAGGCAGCCGGGUGUCAAAUCGCGACUGGACUCAAAUCUCAAGUCGAAACCAGUGAUGAGAACCAAGACGACGUCCCAGACCACGGGCUACCGGAUCGUCGUGUCCAAUCUGCAGGCUGAGGUCACGCAGGAGGAUAUCAAGGAGCUGUUUGAAGACGUGGGAGAGCUUCUGGUCUCGCGACUGGUGCGCCCGGGCACUGCUGAAGUCAUCUACAAGACGCUCAAGGAUGCUACCAAGGCGGUGGAGACUUACCACAACCGGCAGCUUGAUGGUCAUCCUAUGAAGUGUCUUCUCGUCAAUCCCAGACCCAAGAACAACCCUACUGCUCCUGCUGUACGACCUCUUUCUGAAUCAAGAAGAUCGGGAAGUACUAGUUACGUCCAACCGAGUCUAGGUGCAGUACAUCGUGCUCUAUUUGACGACUGCCAUAAUUGAAAACCUCAAACUUUCCAUUUAAAAAAAAACUAAAUAAUUAUUAAUCCAGUCUCCAUACAACCAAGGGUACAAUUACGUUUUGUUUUCUACAUUAAAUGUUGUAAUAAAUUUAUAAAUUAAAUUUAAAUUUUUUGUGUUUAAAUAAA